AUGUAUGAACGAUCAACUUUAAUAUCUAUUACCAAGCCAUGUGACAAGGGAAAUACACGUGUAUAUGAAGGGAAUAUAGGUGAGAAUGCAAGUUUUCCCUGGCUAGGAGUACUCCGGGUCCAUGUUCACGAAGGCUCCAGCUUUCAAACGGCGCUCAGUGGACUGUUGCUGAUAAAAACCACGUAUGCAAUCGUUAGUGGUAGCGAUGUGGCCAGAGUAUCAAGGCAUUUGCUACAAACGGACAGCAAAGCGAUGUUCAUCACCGCAGAUGGUACAUAUUGGACGUGCGGUGUCAAAGAUUAUAUGAUGCAUCCAGAAUACGAGUACACCACGUACAACACACUGGCUCUUAUUGAGCUGGACAUUGAUAAGGACAACGAUAAUUACUCCAAUCUAAAGCCUAUAUGUUGGCCAAGCUAUCUAUACAAUGCGUCUACAUACCUCUAUGCACUGGGAUACACAGACGAAAAUCAGAUUUUAGAAAAAGUUAUAUAUAAAAUGCAGUACGUCAGUCUCCCUCUCUGCGAAGAGUUUUACAAUAGAGCUGGGAAAUCUGUCGGAAAAUUACCGCAAUAUCAAUGUGGUUAUGCUAUAAAUAAUAAGAAAAAUUGCGUUUGGGACAACGGCAUGGUGCUUGCUUCAAAUUCUACUGGUUUUUGGAGUGUGAUAGGGUUUGGUAUUCGAGGGCCAGGUUGUGCUGCUCCAGCGAGAUUUAUUAAUAUCUACCCGUAUUUAUCGUGGAUUCGUACUGCUACUGAUGUAAUUGAAGCUCCAUAUUUCUAA